AUGGCCACAGCGGUGGUGGAGGUGAGCUCGACGAGCGUGCGGGCUGGGCUGGCUUGUGGGGCGGCCUCCACUCCACAGAUCCUGCGUCCGAGCGCCUGCGCGCAGAGCGGGGAACGGCCGGUAUCGCAAGGCUGCAUCGUGGACCAGCCCCUGUGGGAGGCCACGCUACACGACACCCUGACCCACCUCUUAGGUGGCGAGCAGGGCGAAUGGGGCGAACGGAAGCUCAUGCUGGUCCAGCGCCCAGGCGCACCCAGGCCGGGCUCUGCGCGAGCGGCAGAGUUCGUGUUUGAAAGGUGUGGGCUGGGGCACCUACGUAUUGUCGUGGACUGCGGCUACGACUCCUCACACGUCGCCACCGUCUACGAGGGCUACAGCAGAGCAACAACGCAGUAUGCCACGGAGCUCGCGGCGUAUCGAAGUAGGCGCAGGAUCGCUGUUCCGUUGAUGGCGCUGAACGGCCGCCGGGACUGCUAUCUGUCGCUCCUCCCCAUGGAAAUCUUGGCGCAUGUCGCUCUGGGCGAGGUGACGGUGGCUCUUCCAGAUGGGCGCCUGGUGGUGGUAGAGGAGGACGCCAUCACCGGCGUGGAGUCGCUCUUCGACCCCUCGGUCCUGGGGCAGCGCAGCCACGACGACGCGGCCAAUGCCCAGGCCCAGGGCCUGCGGCCUGCGCUGCACCUGUCCUACACACGGAGCGACCUCGACCUGCGCACAGAGAUGUGCAAGAAUGUACUGCUCGUCGGGUUUGCCGAUCGUGUGGCGGUCGCGCUGAGAGAGGCGGUGCACCCGGCGCUUCGAGUCCAGAUCGUAGAAGAACAGAACAGGCACAUGUUGCCGUGGAUUGGCGCCGCCCUCAUGGCCGGCACCGACAAUAGCCAGGGGACCAGUCGUGCGGAGUACGAAGAGCGGGGCCCAGCCUAUGUUUUGCAGUACUAG